CUCCGUGGAGAAACUGCGGCCAAUAUAACGUCAAACUAAUCGGAACUCUUUAAAGGGGUUAAGGGUUUUGUCCUGUAGCAAUAUAAUACAUUAAUACACAAUUUGGAGAUACUUGUAUAUUUUCACUGAUGUUGGAGCACCGGGACACUGGGGUCAAAAUGACUCACGGCCACAGGAUUUCUUUUUCUAUUAUUGACAUACUGGAUCCAAAUAAGUUCAACAGCAAAAAUAUGGACUCACUUUCAGGCGUAACGGGCACGAAGAAAGAGAGAUUUCUUUCAUCAAGUGAUGCCGCUGGGGGAAGUUUAGCUGCAGGCGCGUCCGAGCCCGAAGGUCCUUUAUUUGGUAAACCAAUCCUCGGAGACUUAGAUGAAGAGAGGAGAGGUGACCCUGAGACCGCAUCGGCGCGGACUCAAAAACAUCUGGGCUCUUCCCACGAGGAAACAGAGAAAGAACUAGAUAUAAACAGCGCCACCAAUACCAUGGAAUCUGGUGACCAGGAAUCUACGCGACAAAAGAUCCGUAGUCGCUCUGACCAUGGUUGCUCCAAAUCCCGGCGUGCGAGAACGGCCUUCACUUAUGAACAGCUGGUGGCGCUGGAGAACAAAUUCCGCGUCACACGAUACCUGUCCGUUUGUGAGCGCCUCAACCUCGCCUUGUCUCUCAGCCUGACUGAAACCCAGGUCAAGAUCUGGUUUCAGAACAGAAGAACUAAAUGGAAAAAGCAAAACCCGGGGGCUGACAGUGCAUUACAGCCCGGAUCGAACUCUUCGGUCACAGUCAGCACAAGCCCUGCGCCAUCUGGACCAAGUGCACUAACCUACCAAACUUUCAACACGUUCAAUUCUGGAAAUAUGGUCUGCCACACAGCUGGUGCAGUUCCACUGGCAUCCACCGGAGGGCAUUUGAAUCCCUACGUGCAUGGCAGCUUCAUUCAGCCAAUAUACUACACUCCACAUUUAUGAAGGCUGUAUUUUCAUAUAAUUAAUUCGGGACUUGUAAAAAAUGUAAAUACAUUUCCAAGGCAUUGUUUAUUUGUUUGUGUACAAACGUUUUAUGCAUAUAUAUGACGUUACGUUCAAAUUAAGGACUUACUGCCAGCUGU